CCGCGAGGAGGGCGCGCGGGCGGGCGGGCGCGCGGGCGAGACAGCCAGCGAAUGUUGCAGACGCUUUUCCCGGUUGUCGUUGAAGAUUCGCCCCCAACAUGGCGGCGACCGUGAGCGGGGCUGAGGAGGAGGAGGAGGCGAUGGCGGCGAAAUCGCCGGCGGAUAGCCAGGCGGGAGAAGGCGGAAUGAAGGCGGGGGCGGCGACCGUGGCAGUCGUAGCCGGUGGAGGAGGCGGCGAGAGUGAGGAGGAGGAGGAGGAGAACAACGUCUACGAGGUGGAGAAGAUCUUGGACAUGAAAACGGAAGACGGACAAGUAAAAUACAAAGUACGGUGGAAAGGCUACGCACCAGAUGAUGAUACAUGGGAACCUGAGGAACAUUUGAAAGAUUGUAAAGAAGUUCUUCUUGAGUUUCGAAAGAAAAUACUGGAUAUUAAAUCUAAGCCUGUUAAAAAAGAGGUACAGAAACUGCCUUUAAAUGAUGAUCUUUUUGAAGCAGAUUCUGAAGCAGAUAGUGAUUGGCAAAGUGAUACAAAAGGGGACCGAUCACCAAAGAAGAAAAAGAAAAAAUCUAAAGACAAAGAAGAUAAAAACCAAGAUGAAAUACAAAAGAAAAAAACUAAACUAGCUAAGAGUAAAGAAAAACCAGGGCUAGAAUGUGAAAAUUCUUCUGACAGUUUGGCUUCAGAUUCAAAACCAAAAAAAAGGACUUCAGAGUCAAAGGAAGACAUUAAAGAUUCCAAAAAACAAAGACGGGAGGAUAUAAAAGAUAACAGUAAAAAAAAAGAAGUCAAAGAUGGGAAGAAAAAAAUGAAAGAGGAGAGUAAAGAAAUUAAACAUAUGCAGAAAGGGAAACACAGUGUUAAUCACUUAGAUGCUGAUUCUAGCAUGCAAGAUGAUUCUUUUUCUCAAGCUGCAGAUUUUGAAAGUGAAGAUUUCGACUCUGACAGCAGUGAGGAAAAACACAAGACACCUUCUGGCAAAUACCAGCUAGAAGGGGAAGCCUUGGUCUCAGUCCCACAGCCUGACAGUACUUCAGGCACAGAUGAUAGCUCUGAAAUGAGGGUUAAGAAGAAGAAAAAGAAGCACAAAAAGGUUGAGGAGCUAGAUGAAAACAGAAAAGCAGACAAAAUUUUGGAGAAGAAGAGCACGCAGAAAAAGCAGAAGGCUUCAGAGAAAACAAAGGCUGCUCCUGAGCUUGAAAAUAAGAGGCCCUCUAUAUCUACUUCAGCACAGAAGGCUUCGAAAUUGUCUGUCGAUGACCGAGGGUGCAAGGCCAAUGAUACCGCAGGGGAGGUCAGCAGUAACACAAAACUGAAAAGCAAAGAGGCAAAGUCAGUCCAAUCCUAUGCUGGGAACCUGCUUCAAAAGUCAGCCAUUCCCGAAAGCAAAGAAAAGAAUAUGACUUGGAGAACUGAGGAGGAGAAAAUAAAAGCGAAACCCUGUCAGCAUUCUCCAGGGGAGAGUCUUUUUGAAAAAUUUACAAUGGAUAUUGAAUGCAGUAAAGCAGGAAGCACAGUUGGCAAGAAGAGUCUCUCCAAAAGUGAGCUGAAUGUUGAAGAAAUCUCAAAGGAAAGAGGCUUUUUAUCUAAGGAAAAGGAAACCAAAAAAAGCGAAGCAAAAGAGAAACUCCAGAAGAAAUUAGACUCUGAAAAGGAAGAAAAGAGCAGAAAAGAGCACAGGGGAUUCAAAAGUUUGAAAGAGAUCAAAAAUGCAUUUGAUGUGUUUAGCAUCUGUUCAGAAGAAAAAAAUGAAUACUUGGACAGUAGAAAAAAGGAGGAAUCAGCACAUGAUUCUAGAUCUACUGAUGAAUUUAGAUUAAAAGAUAAGCAGGUAUAUAGCAGGACCACCAGAGAUGAGACUGAUACUUGGGCAUAUAUUGCAGCAGAGGGUGACCACGAUGUAACUGAGGACAGUUUUGAUACAAAGCAACAGACUGUGAGUUUGGGCAUGGACAUGCAGUUAGAAUGGCUAUCACUAGAGGACUUUCAGAAACAUCUUGAUGGAGAAGACAAAGAGCACUUGACAAAUGAUGUGAUAUCAUCUGCUCAGCUGCGAGAUGCUGUUAAAAAUGGGAACUAUACUAUGGUAAAAAUGGCACUUAAUUCAAAUGAAGAAUAUAAUCUCGAACAGGAGGAUUCUAGUGGAAUGACUCUGGUGAUGCUGGCCGCUGCAGGAGGUCAUGAUGACAUCCUUCGCCUUCUUAUUCGGAAAGGAGCUAAAGUUAAUUGUAGACAAAAAAAUGGAACAACUGCAUUGAUUCACGCAGCUGAAAAGAAUAAUCUAACUACUGUAGCCCUCCUUUUGGAAGCUGGCGCACAUGUGAAUGUACAGCAAAAGAAUGGGGAAACAGCAUUAAUGAAGGCUUGUAAGAGAGGAAAUUACGAUAUUGUCCGCCUUAUGAUUGAAAGUGGAGCUGAUUGCAACAUUUCAUCAAAGCAUCAGAGCAAUGCUCUUCAUUUUGCCAAGCAGUGUAAUAAUUUAUCAGUGUCCGAACUCCUCAGGAGUCACUUGGCUACGCUCACCCGAGUGGCAGAAGAGACAAUCAGGGAGUAUUUUGAAGCCCGUCUUAGUUUGAUGGAACCAAUAUUUGAUAUUGCAUGUCAUCUACUUUGUGAGGGACCAGAUUAUUCUUCAGAAUUCACCUAUAAGGCUCCACAGAAUGUGCCUGAAGGAUCUGGGAUUCUUUUAUUCAUUUUCCAUGCAAACUUUUUGGGGAAUGAUGUUGUUGCUCGACUUUGUGGACCAUGCAGUGUGCAAGCUGUGGUUUUGAAUGACAAAUUCCAGCUGCCGGUGUUCUUGACCCACAGAGCCUGCCAUCCUGCCCAGACAGAGCAGCUUACCCAGCGGAUCUUACAGGACAGUCACUUUAUUUAUUCCUUCAGUCCUAUUCAAGGCCUUAACAAGCUCUUCAUACGUUUAGCGGAAGUCCCUACUGCAAAGGUUAAGCUGCUGAUAGCUGCCUACAGAGUGCAAUUGCAGUGACUUCAUGAAUGAUCCAGUUAUUUUAUUGGAAUCCUUUGCUCGUUUGAGUCUGAUCAAGAAGUUUGGAAUUCCUGGUGCAUUCAGUGUUCUGUUCAAUCUCACUUUAUUUUGUUUGAAUGCUAUUUACAUGUGAAUCUUCCUGUAAGUAGCAGGUAUGCUGCUUUAAUAAAUUGUGUGAGAUUUUUUAUUUUGUAGAUACAGCUGUAUUUGUGUCAAUGACUGUAAUUCAAUUUUUACAUUGUAAGGCUCAGUCCAGCAUUUCCACAGUGUGGAAUGAUACAAACAGUUUUUAAGAGCAAAUAUCUUGGUUUUGUAUAAAUGCUCACAUUUUGUCCUGACUUUGUUUAUAUUUAAGCUUUUUUUUAAAGCAAUCAGAUCUAAAUUUCUAUUGCUGUUACAAAAAAUAGUCAUUUCUACUUAAUAAAAAACUUCUGUGACUAAUUUAUCUCAGCAGAAGUUUAAUAUAAGAGAAACUUAGGAAGAGUGAGUUAGAAAGUAUGAACAAAAUUCAUACCUAGAGAUAUAACUGUAAUGGUAGAGUUUUGAUGCAUGAGGUACAGGAGAAAAUAGUUUUAGAUACAUCUGGGCUAUUUUUUUACAGCGGACAUAUUUAUAGAUACAUGAUGAACUUCAUCCAUAUAAUGCUCCCUAAAUGAUUAAACUAUUGCCGUGAUCAGACGACAGUAAUCUGUAUUAGUUCUGAGAUAAAAAUGUAAGACGUGCAUAAAUCCUAAUUUGUGUGUAAAAUUAAACUUUGUUAGUUAAACUUCA